GGCAACACAAGGAAUCCAGAAGGUUUCAAUUAAUUCCUACCGGUCAAAGACAAUGCUCAUUUUCAAGGUUGCUGCCUAUGACUAGGUACUAAGGCGCAUAUUCCAUCUUCUCAACUUUCUAAACACCAGGAGUCUUCUCACCUUGGAUCUGGUCCCUCCUAGCUUGUUCGCAUUCCGCUCCAAUUCCAAUGCCCUUUCCAUUUAGAUAUAUAUGCGACUUACUCCAACAGCUUGACGACGAGACUCGUCAAGAUGAACACAAGAAGCUCCCUUCAAAGACUAUAAUUGAAACAUGGUUCAGUACGCACCGUUCGCAUCUGAAUGCGCAUGAGAACGAUGCAUGUGCUAUACUUUCUACUCUGUUGCCAGAGAGAAGAACGGAUCGGGUCUACUUCAUUCAGACCUUAAGGCUUGAAGGCAUAUUUGCCAAAGCCCUGAUUCUUGGAAACUCUAGGGUUCUAGAAUUACGAAGAUACAAAAGCCCCGGUCUAGGCGUAGACUUGGCGGACUGCAUUGAAGGUAUCUUGACACGUACGCCUAAUCCAACGUACGACAACAAUGAGCUUACAGUGGAAGAAAUUGAUGAUACCCUAAGCCACAUUGCAGCCGCCUGCAGAUUCAGCUCACCUGCAGUUAGGGCCUUACGCAAGACGCCAAAUACGAGGGAUCAAGAUAAAUCCCUAAUGAACAUCUAUAGACGACUCAGUCCGCGAGACGCAAAAUGGUUCACUAGGUUGGUAUUGAAGAAUUACCAACCAGUGACUAUGGAUGAGCGGAUUAUCUUUCGUUGCUAUCACCCCCUAUUACCUCAGAUGAUGAAAGUCAGAGAUGAUUUUACCAAGGCUACUGAGCUUUUGCGGCAUAUUAGUCGGUCACCUUAUGAUCAAAGUGUCAUUGCAAAUAUCUUGAAGCCGGUCAUUGGAACAAAAGUUGGACGGCAAACAUGGUUCAAGGGGAGAAGUAUCAAGCACUGUCUCGACAUGGGUAGAUCGCGGGAUAUGAGUUGCGAACAGAAAAUCGAUGGAGAAUAUUGCCAGAUACACAUUAAUCUCCGUAAACCUCAUUCCCCCAUUCAAAUAUUCUCUAAGAGUGGGAAAGAUAGCACUCAGGAUCGACGCGGUCUUCACCAAGUUAUACGAGACUCGCUCAAAUUAGGCACACCGGAUUGUCCACUUACGGUUGGAUGUAUUCUCGAAGGGGAGCUAGUAGUGUACAGUAAUAAGGAGAAUAAAAUAUUGCCAUUCUACAAAAUUCGCAAGCAUGUUUCACGCUCUGGUUCUUUCUUAGGAACCAAAUUCGACUCGCAGCCUCACGAUUAUGAGCACCUAAUGAUUGUAUAUUACGAUGUACUAAUGGUCGAUGAUGAAUCAUUGCUGGGCGUUCGACAAUUUGAACGUUUCAAGCGAUUGAGUGAACUCAUAACUUGCCGAAGGGGUUGCGCUGAGUUAGUACAGCGUGAGAUCAUAUCUUUUUCUCAGCCAUCUGCUGCAUCGAAAUUGCGCAAGGCCUUUGCUAAAUGUAUUGUUUCUCGCAACGAAGGUCUUGUUUUGAAACCUGACGGUCCCUAUUUUGACUUCAGUACUAACCCGAAGCCAUAUACCUGCAACAUCAAGUUCAAAAAGGAAUAUGUUCAGGGAUGGGGCGACGUAGGUGAUUUUGCCGUUAUCGGUGCCUCUUAUGAUGCAGCUAAGGCAAGGGAGUACAAGAAAUCCAACAUUAAUUGGACUCAUUUCUUCAUCGGGUGCCUAGAAAACAAGGAAAAGGCACGGGCAAGGAUAGAGAAGCCUCGAUUUGUUGUCACUAACGUGGUCGAGCUUUCUGAAGCCCUUCUAUCAACUGUGCUAUUCCAAUGUUUUCCAUCACCGAUCCCUUUCAGUCAGAACGAAACAAUAGACUUGGAAUUCAGGGGAAAUGAAAUAGAGAAACGCCCGACAGAUGUCUUCCUAGAUCCGCUAGUAUUCGACAUGCGCUGCUUCUCAUUUGAUAAAGAACCAAAUACACCUUUUUGGAGUAUGCGAUUCCCAGCAGUCUCCAAAAUCCACCAUGACAGAUCCUACUGGGAUACGAUCUCUUUUACUGAGCUUCAAGAGAUUGCAUCGAAUGCCACCAAAAUGCCAGAGGCUGAAGAUAGCCAAGAGAUGCGCGAAUGGAUAGCAGCGCUUGAGAAGGCAGACCCACGUGGUGUAGCCGUUGAUGCUACGACCCAACAAAGUAUCUCGUCGGAGGGAAUAUCCCCCACAUCAUCUAACAACAAUCAUCCAGAGAAGGAAACCCGACGUAAUCCAACUAUAGGGGUUGCUGACGAAACACAUCCUCAAGAACAGCUCAUAACGUCUUGUCCUGGUACGACCAUCCUAAGCCAAAACUCACUAGAGCCCUCGAGGCUAUCAGCUGUUGAAAACUAUGCCACCAGCUCGGGAUGUCAGAAACGGCCAGCUCCUGAUACGACAAGAGCUUCUCAAAAGUCACGAAAGCUUUCUAACCCAGCUCCUAUACAAUCAAAGUCGGCAGUCAUAUCUACGAGCUUACCGUCUAGCCCAAAACGGACCAGACAACCACUCGGUCAGAUUGACGCUAAUUCACAAUCUCAAGUAUCCCAAGGGCUACUAUCCCAUUCAUCAGCACCUGAGAUUACGUCGCCGCCAAUUAGCAAUGGCCGUGAUCAGACUGCCCCUUCACUAGCUGUGUCACCUGAUAUUUCUCAUUCAUCACCAAAUACUACGAGGGACCAAGCUGAGUGGGAGCAGCAUACGACUUCCAAAUGUUGCUCGCUAGCGGGAAAGAAAUGUGCACUUAAGAACUGCUCUAUUCUACUGUCGCCAUGCAUCGCUGGGUAUCCUUGGGUCACGGAGAACUUACUAGGGGAACAUGGUGUCCAAGAUUUUAUUUUAGAUCCUCGGGUAUGGAACCAGUCGCCUGCGCCUAAAAGUUCGGCAUGUAAGUGGGAUGCCUCGUCACAAAAGAUGAGGAAAAUACGGGUUCGGAAGAUCUGUCUCGUUGAGUCGAGGCGCCAAGAUGCUACACAAUCAUUCUUUGGGAAGAUAGAAGCAGCUGACCUAAAGAAAAAGAACGGGGAACGUGGAUGGGUGGCUGUUUAUGAUUGGCGAGUUCUGGAAGAGAUAUCAGAUCUGGAGUCCGGAAGGACCAAAUUAGAAGGAAUAGAUCCAUGGAGAAAACAUUACGUGGGAAUCGCGUAAAAGGGGGAAAGGCAUCUAGAAUUUCCAAGGUGUUACAUUUAGAAAGGGGGUUUGCAUUCCGGAAGUAUCGGAAUUGGAAGACGCUUAAUGCAGUAAUGCUUAGAUUCAUAGAAAUGCCACCUUUCAGUCAUAUGCAAGCGGCUCUAAGAAUAAGACUUCAAGCUAUACGAAGUAGGAGUUUCAUACUUGUCGUUCUUAAAUUGUAGAGUUACAUUAUCAUUACAGAAUGCGAUAUAUAUAGUAUGGCAUAUCGCCUUCUGGAGCUCUAAAGUUUUCCAAAUGGUAGACUUAGUAAAUCUAGCACCACUAGGCAAAGCACUAGGCAAAGUCACCUGUGCAAGCUCUAGUCAUUGCCCCGUCUGUCUAAAACUUCCCAAUUAGGAGGUUACCGAUCAUCUCCC